UCUUCAGCUCUCCUCUCCGUGACGUGACUGUGGUCCCGGGCUGCACUCAGCACUGCUCUGCUCUCUGUCUAGUGCAGCGGGUGCUGGCCGCUUGUUUCAACGUCAACGUUGUGCCGAGUUCGGUUUUAUUUUUUUAAUUAAGAAAAAGAGACGCCCGCUUCUCAUUAUCUAUUCAACGUCAGAUAAGGAUCUCGGAGCAAAGAGGAGGAGGGUGGAACCAAAGAUAAAAUCAAGAAGUAUCAACCGUUGGCCGUCAUGCAGCCGAGGAUACGGAGCGCCCAGGAAAGCUGCUUUAUUUUGGUGACCGUCUGGAUCUUCAACGUCCUUGCAACUAAAGGGCAUGGUGAUGGGGUGAAUCACAGAUUCAAGAGAGUAAACAAGCACAAGCCAUGGAUUGAGACAUCCUACCACGGAGUGAUUACGGAGAACAACAACAUCGUGUUCCUGGACCCUCCUCUGGUCGCUCUGGACAAGGAUGCCCCAGUACGCUAUGCCGGUGAGAUCUGUGCUUUUAAGAUCCACAGUCAGGACGUGCCCUUCGAAGCUGUGGUGUUAAACAAGACAUCUGGGGAAGGACUGCUGCAGGCAAAGAGCCCAAUCGACUGUGAGCUACAGAAGGAAUACACAUUUAUCAUUCAGGCAUACGACUGCGGAGCCCGGCCCGGUGGAACCUAUUGGAAAAAAUCGCACAAGGCGGUGGUUCACAUUCAAGUGAAUGAUGUCAAUGAGUACUCGCCGGUGUUCAAAGAGACGGUGUAUAAAGGUUCGAUCACAGAAGGAAAGCUGUAUGACAACAUACUGCAGGUGGAAGCUGUGGACGAGGACUGCUCUCCUCAAUACAGCCAGAUUUGUGAUUAUGAAAUAGUUACACCUGAUGUACCCUUUGCGAUUGAUAGGAACGGUAAUGUCCGGAACACUGAGAAGCUGAGCUAUGACGAGCAGCAUCAAUACAAGUUUAUGGUGACGGCAUACGAUUGUGGCCAAAAGGAAGCUUCGGAAGAUGUAUUGAUUCACAUUGAAAUUAAGCCAGUCUGCAAACCUGGCUGGCAAGGUUGGAAUAAGCGUGUAGAAUAUAAAUCGGGCUCUGGCAGUAAAGUAUUAUUCUCCAGCAUCCACCUGGAGACAUGUGGUGAACCCGUCUCAUCUGUACAGACCACAAUGGAGCUACAGACCAGCCACAUCGGAAAGGGAUGUGACCGGGACACGUACUCUGAGAAGUCCUUGCAGAAACUGUGCGGUGCUUCUUCUGAUAGCAUUGACUUGCUCCCAGCACCGUAUGGUUUAUCAAAUUGGACCUCGACACUUCUGAUGGACAGUGAACGUGACAGUGACUUGAUCUUCAAAUUCGACGGCAAACAUGCGGCAAAGAUUCCAGACGGGGUGAUAUCCAAAAACCUCACUGAUCAGUAUACCAUCACCACCUGGAUGCGGCACGGACCCAGCUCUGGAAUGAGAGCAGAGAAGGAAACCAUUCUCUGCAAUUCAGAUAAAACAGAAAUGAAUCGCCACCAUUACGCACUGUACGUCCACAACUGCCGGCUGGUCUUCCUGCUCCGUCGGGAUUUUGAUCAAGUUGACAUGUUCCGGCCGGCUGAAUUUCAUUGGAAACUGGAGCAGAUCUGCGACAAGGAAUGGCAUUACUACGUUGUCAAUGUUGAGUUUCCGGUGGUAACAUUGUACGUGGAUGGAGUGGUCUAUGACCCAUAUCUGGUGACGGACGAUUGGCCUAUCCACCUGUCGCACAUUGAUAUGCAGCUAACUGUCGGAGCUUGUUGGCAAGGCGGGGAGAUUCUGAAGCCGCAGUUUGCCCAGUUUUUCCACGGGAGCCUUGCAGGCUUAUCUAUUCGUCCAGGCAAGAUCGAGAGUCGGAAAGUUAUCUCCUGCUUGCAGACCUGCAAAGAAGGCUUGGAUAUUAAUUCCUUGGAGAGUCUUGGUAAAGAAAUCAAGUUUCAUUUUAACCCAGCCCAGUCAAACCUGGUCAUGGAAGGAGAUGACAUCGACACCAUAAAUAGAGCAAUGCAGUUGGUAGCAUACAUUAACUCAAGACAAUUUCCAACUCCUGGAAUUCGACGCUAUUCAAUAUCCACCCAAGUGCAGUGUUUCGGUGAAGACACUUGCAUCAGUGUCUCAGAUAUCGAUGGGUACAUUGUGGUCCUUCAGCCAGUUGAACCAAAGAUCACCAUCAGUGGAUUGGAUCAUUUUUCAAGACCAGCGUCAGAGUUUGAAAGCAGCAGAGGUGUUGUACUAUUCCCAGGCUUGAGGAUUGUUAGCACUGUUCGAAAAGGAGAACAUGAAGAUGGCAAAGCCCAUCGCGGGUCAGAGGAGAUGGUUCACAACCUGGAUUACUGCGAUAUUUUGAUCACAGGAGACGAAUUAAAUACAGAACAGGAAUGUCUGGAACUGGAACCAGUGGAAUUACAUGGGAAACAUCUCGAGUUCACUAACUCCACCGCAGGAAUGUCGGUUUAUGGUGUGGACACAAUGGCAAAUUACGAACACGUCCUUCGCAAACUCCGCUACCGCCACUGGGAUACUGCAUCCAUUUUUGAUCGGAAGUUUCAUCUCAGCUGCUCAGAGCUCAAUGGGCGUUACACAAGCAAUGAAUUCAACUUGGAGGUGAAUGUUCUGCACACCAUUAAUCCGAUGGACCAUUUUAAUCAUGUGGUCGUUCAACCUCAGUUCCUACAGUCUAUUCAUCAUUCCCUGCCUGAUCUCCCAGGUCACAACCUUAACACCGCUCAUAACUCAGCUAUUCCCAGCGCUGCAACCAUCGUCAUUGUGGUGUGUAUUAGUUUCCUCGUCUUCAUCAUUGUUCUGGGGGUCUUCAGGAUUCGGACAGCGUUCCAGCACAGUAAUCGGGAGAAUGAGAGUGGGAAAGAAAAUGAAAUGGAUUGGGAUGACUCUGCUCUCACCAUUACUGUCAAUCCAAUGGAGAACUAUGAGGACCUGGGGCACAGCGAGCAGGAGAGCGACGAUGAAGAGGAGGAGGAGGAGGAGGAAGGCGAGGAGGACGACAUAACGAGUGCCGACUCAGAGGAAAGCGAGGGAGACGAAGAGGCAGAGCACGGGGAAGACCAGCAAAACAUCACCAGGAGGGAGCAGCUAGAAUGGGAUGAUUCAACACUUCCCUAUUAAAAGGCCUCAAAUCUUCAAUUGAUAUGUUAAUGCCCAGCAGUGUUUGAAAAAAAAAAUGGUAUGAUCAGAGUUGAUUUAGAAUACUGUUGAUGGUAAGUAGGGUGUGAAAAACUUUCAGGUUGUUUACCAAAUUAUUAAGUGAUUUGCAGUGACAUAUCUGGGUCCAAGAGUUGACAUUAGUUAUAAUAAUGCCUGUCUUUCUUUUGUUAUAUCUGGGUGUUCAUUGUGUGGUUACCUGAAUGUUCUAUCUUUGCACCAAGAACUAUUAACUUUGUGAAACCAUGUACUGGUAUCUGUAAUUUGAAAUUUUCUGAAGUACUUUAUUUAUUUAUUUGUAAUAAAAAAAAACACUUUCUCUGGUGGGUCAUGCCGUAGGGAGA